AUGCCCCCGCAGUUUGGCCGUAGCGCCUUACACACAAUUCUCAACCUUUUUCACUCGGUGUCAACGAUCAUGCCUGUGUUUUCGGCCUCUUCUGGUCCCAUCACCAUCAAAGCUCCUGCAGAAAACGUGUGGCAAAAGCUUUGCGACACGUCGACAUGGCCUUCGUGGAAUACUUUUGUUCCCAAAGCCGAUCAUGUAGAUGUGUUGGAUAGCCAUACUUCAUCUGAUCAAGAAGUCUGGAGCAUCGGCCAGCGGCGCCAAUUCCACGUCAAGAUGGGGGGAAAGAUAACACUGAGGGUCAUGGAGGUCACAGCGUUUGAAACGCCAGUUGCAGAGCAGGAAAAGAGGGCCUGGAAGAUAUGUUGGAGUGCUCAGGGAUAUCCUGAUUUUCUUUUGAAGACGGUGAGAUGGAAUGAGGUUGAGGAGACAGAAGGAGGUGGAUGUGUGUACAGGACGGGUGAAGACAUGGAUGGUGUCCUUGCGUAUUUUGUUAAGCUUUUAGCUGGGAGGGCCGUCGCAAGCGGAAUCAAUACCUGGGCUAAGGAUCUCAAAGACAUUGCUGAGAAGGAGGAGAGAGAGAAAGCUUCUCUAUAG